CAGAGGCUGCGGUAGGCGGUGCAGACCCGUCACGGCGAGCUCGCGAGAGGACGUGCCCGAGUAAAGGCGGGUGGCGGCCCCGUGCCGCUUGCACGGCCUGUCGAUCAUUUGGUCCCGCCCCACGCCAGCGCGCCCCCCUGCAAGCCCCGCCUCCACUCCUGGCCAGGCGGGAAGCGAACGCGCGCUCUCUCCCGUUACCCUCCGCCUGCGGCAAGGGCGGGGGAAGCGGGAGGUGCGCGCUCGCGAGCUGCGUGCUCGCGUACGUCGCCGGGGUUCGGCUGCGUCGGUCCCGCCACCCGCCCGUUGCCGCCGCCGUCGCCGCGCUCUCGCUUCGCCGGCCGCCGCCUAAGGGGGCUGGGGCCGGGCCAAGCUGCCGCCGCCGUUGCCGGAAUGCCGCGGGUGUACAUCGGCCGCCUGAGCUACCAGGCCCGGGAGCGCGAUGUGGAGCGCUUCUUCAAGGGCUACGGGAAGAUCCUGGAGGUGGAUCUGAAGAACGGAUAUGGGUUUGUGGAGUUUGAUGAUCUGCGUGAUGCAGAUGAUGCUGUUUAUGAACUGAAUGGCAAAGACCUUUGUGGUGAGCGAGUAAUUGUUGAGCAUGCCCGCGGCCCACGUCGAGAUGGCAGUUACGGUUCUGGACGCAGUGGAUAUGGUUAUAGAAGAAGUGGCCGAGAUAAAUAUGGCCCUCCUACUCGCACAGAAUACAGACUUAUUGUGGAAAAUUUGUCAAGUCGGUGCAGCUGGCAAGACCUAAAGGAUUAUAUGCGUCAGGCAGGGGAAGUGACGUAUGCAGAUGCUCACAAGGGACGCAAAAAUGAAGGGGUGAUUGAAUUUGUGUCUUAUUCGGAUAUGAAAAGAGCUUUGGAAAAGUUAGAUGGAACUGAAGUCAAUGGCAGAAAAAUCAGAUUAGUCGAAGACAAGCCUGGUUCUAGACGACGCCGGUCCUACUCCAGGAGCCGGAGUCACUCGAGAUCUCGCUCUCGAAGCAGACAUUCUCGUAAGAGCAGAAGCCGAAGUGGCAGCAGCAAAAGCAGUCAUUCGAAGAGUAGAUCUCGGUCCAGGUCGGGCUCCCAUUCUCGGAGCAAGAGCCGCAGCCGCAGCCAAAGCCGGAGUCGGAGCAAGAAGGCCAAAAGCCGCAGCCCCAGCAAGGAUGACAAGAGCCGCAGCCGCAGCCACAGCGCAGACAAGCACCGCAGCAAGAGUAAAGACCAAGCCGAAGAGAAGAUCCAGAACAGUGACAACACCGAGAAGUCCAAGAGCCGGAGUCCCAGUCGUCAUAAAAGCAAGAGUAAAAGCAGAAGCAGGAGCCAGGAGAGGCGGGUGGAGGAGGAGAAGCGAGGGAGCAGGAGCAGGAGCAAGGAGAAGAGCCGGAGUCAGGAGAAAGGCCUCCACAAGAGCAGGAGCAGGAGCAAGGGAGGCAGCAGGAGCCGCAGCAGGAGUCGCAGCAAAAGCAAGGACAAGAGGAAGAGCAGGAAGAGAAGCCGGGAGGAGAGCCGCAGUCGCAGCCGCAGCCGCAGCCGCAGCAAGAGCCAGAGAAGCAGAAAACGCAGCGGCAAGCGAGACAGCAAGUCGGGCAGCAGCAGCAAGAAGAAGAAGAAGGAAGAUGCCGACCGCUCCCAGUCCAGGUCGCCAUCCCGCUCGAUGUCGAAGGAGCGGGAACAUGCCAAGUCCGAGUCCGGCCAGAGGGAAGGCCGAGGGGAGGGCGAGGAUGCUGGCACCAAUCAGGAGACCCGGUCCCGGUCGAGGUCCAAUUCCAAAUCAAAACCAAACCUUCCAUCAGAAUCACGCUCCAGAUCAAAGUCCGCUUCAAAAACCCGAUCUCGGUCCAAGUCUAGAUCCAGGUCCGCAUCCAGAUCGCCCUCCCGGUCUAGAUCUAGGUCCCAGUCAAGGUCCUAACUGGCUACAACCACAGCUGGAACUACCCGAGAAGUUUUGUACAUGUUUGGUAGCCGUAGCACAAGUGAUUGAAGUAGAACAUAUGUCACUGCUGUACAUUUUUAACUCCCCUAAUGGUGUGUCUACAAUUGUUAAAUCUAAGUGCUUCCUCUCCGUAAAGCCUCCUGGCGCCAGGCCUUCCUGCUCGACUGAAACAAUCUUCUCUCUGAAAACCCCUUUACUCAUGGCCCACAGUAGAAUAUCCAAAAUGCCUUGGCUUUCAGGCCUAGCCUUUCCUACAAGGAGCUCAGUACCUGGACGGCUCUAAGGCGGGAAUGAUGACAUAGGUAGGUAUGGUGAGUUCAACCAUUUUUGCCCUUGAAUUGAUGCCCUUUGAUGUAUGCCAUUUAGUGAAAGUGCUAAGUCUUAAGUUUCCUACCACUUUGGUUUCAUAUUUUUGGACUUAACAAAGUUGUGAAUAGCACAGUCAAGGAAAAUUGAUACCUGCAGUAACCCAUAGGAAAUAAACUGUAGAGUUCCAUAUUCUGGUAUUGUGAUUAUAUUGUUUUAUAUUAAAAAAGAAAAUAAAAGAAUUUUUUUUAAUUUUAUUUUUCCCCGUCUUGCAAAGUAUAGUGACCCCUGUUUCCAUUAAAUUUGAAUAAAGACUAUUUUUGCUUGA